GUUAUUGGUAUAAAGAGAACGUGAAAAAAGAAUAGGUUGAUGAAAUGUCAAGUGUGUGAGCGAUUUAUAAUAAUCCACUCCACAUUAAUGACUUUGUAACUAGAUAGUGUCAUUAACGUUUAAGCGUCGCCCCACCUCUCCACUGUCAGUGCUGAUUGGACAGGGCUUCGCAACAAACUGUGACUUCACAAAAAAUCAGAAGGCGACCCCAAAGAUAAAAAACAAGGCACGCUCAUCGAUGUGACAUUGUCCACAUCUCUCUCUUCUGUAAGCAUUCACCUUGCCUGCUUGCUUAAAAGGGACCGCUAGCGCUCCUUCAAGCGUAACGCUAAGUUAAAGUGGACCUAGGAACCGUUCCAUUCAGGCGUAAACAUGCCUAGAGGAUUUUUAGUGAAGAGGAGUAAACGCCCUUCAGCAUCUUCUUACAGAACACGUAACAUUGACAACGAAUUGCUGAAAGCGGACCUGUCAGUGCACUCACCGAAGGAGCCAACCGUUGCGCCAAGUGCAAGCCUAAUUGUGCCGUUAUCCGAGGACGGUACGUUUGGAGAGCCAUGGACCAGUGUCCCAGCUGAAGCGGACCAAGCUCAGCUGCCUGUGAACUCAGAUAAGGUUAAGAGCAUAGAGGACUUUGGGAAAUACCCACGCAGCCAUCCUCUCACCGAAUCGGAUCAUGACGGGUCUCCGGUCCGGGCUGACCUCUCCUAUAGCCCGAUAAAACCAGUUGGCACCGAGUUGGAAAAAUCGCAUUUUGACCGGUGUAUGAGUUCACCAACAAUGACCGAGCCGUUCCCGAUAAGCACGCCUGUGUCCUCAAUACAAAGACUUCUUCUAAAUCAUGCGCCCUUUGGACACUCUGAUAUUAAAUUCGACCCACCCGUGCUCCUCUACCCGUCUCUCCAUAAUGCUAUGAAACGCACAUACAUGGAGCCAGAGCGUAAGGCCAAGCCAACAGUCAAAAAAACGAAAGUGAUCAGGAAACUCAGCUUCGAGGACGAAAUCUCCACAUCACCCGUGCUUGGGCUAAGAAUUAAGAAGGAGACCCCUGAAUUUAAAGCAGCAUCAGCUUCUUCUGGUAAUAAGAAACCACUUGGAGAAUUUAUCUGCCAGCUUUGCAAGGAGGAAUACCCUGAUCCGUUCUCCCUCGCCCAACACAAGUGCUCUAGGAUUGUGCGGGUAGAGUAUCGCUGUCCAGAGUGCGACAAAGUUUUCAGCUGUCCCGCUAACCUAGCCUCUCAUCGCAGGUGGCAUAAGCCUCGUCCAGUAAACAAUGGAGAGACGCAGAGCUCCAAAAAGUCACAGUCGGAUGCACGGUUGCAUGAGAGGACAUCCGUUGAAGGGAAAGAGAACGCGAGCGAGUUGAGAAUUAAUAAUCAGCACCACGUCGCUCUGGAUAGCUCCGUAUGUCAGCGGGCCAUCACCGUGGACAGCUCCCACAGACAAGAGCAGGUGCGCAGAAGGGCACAAGAAAGCCCUCAGUCCUUCGACCCACGCUACCGGGUUCCUGAAAAAAGCUUGGACCUGCACAUCAGAGCGGGUGACAGCCCAAGCUUAAUGCAAUGUCCAGAGAACACUGACGUGUCAAUGGCCUCCUCUCCUUUCUUACAGACCGUCGGGACUGUAGAGGAGAUGUACGAGUGUUGCUACUGUAGCAAGAACUUCAGAAGACAGGCAUAUCUGAGGAAGCAUCUUGCAGCGCACGAGACAAUCAAAGCUUCGAAUUAUAAUCAGUUAGAGAGCGGGCAAAUCACGUUCCCGUGUCACUUGUGCGGUGCCCAUUUCCCAUCCGUUGAAAUUCGUGACAAACACAGAGUUUGGCAUGCAAUGAGAGACGACAUUCUGAUGAACCCAGAGAAGAGUGCGGGUAGACCAGACUUGAUAAGACCAGACCAUACACAAGGUGAUCAACAGAUAUUUACCUGUAAGCACUGCCCCUCUACCUUCUUCAGUUCUCCCGGGCUGACGAGGCAUAUUAACAAGUCUCACCCCACAGAGAACCGGCAGGUGAUGUUGCUACAAAUGGCAGUCCGGCCCGGCUGCUUAUAGACUAUAGGCAUAUUUGGGCAACUGUCACACUGAAACCCAUGAAAACAAAUGGUUUCAUUAGGCUAAUUAAAACAAAUGAAUACGUAUGAAUGUGUUUCCUUUGUACUUCAAUUGUGAUAGUAUUGUACCUUAAUAUACAGAUCAGGUCAAAAAUACAAGCCUAUUUUUAUUACAAUAAUUGUUUUUUUAUGUUUUCUUGUAAUGACAGAUGAGGCUACAGCUAAGGGCCACAUCUUAACUUUUAGCUUAUAUUCAUUAAAUACAGUUGUUGAUUUACAGUGUAACGAUUGUUAAACGUGUGUAAAAAUGCUUCAAAUAUUCAAGAGCUGUCAUUUUAAGCAUGUAAUGAAAAUAAGAGGGCGACCCUGUUAAUAUCUAGAAUAUUUGACCUUAACACUUUUAUCUUAAUGUAGUUCCUAUGGAAAUUGAAUGUGCUUGUUCAGUAGUUGUGAAAUUUAAUUCCAAACCAGCAAAGCUACCAAGAUGUAUUUUCAUACAGAAAAUAAAGCUUACCUGUUACAGUAUAAAACUGUUUUCGUGAGUAAAAAUGUAUUUAUUCUAUUAAUUACUUAAUAAAUGCCUUCAUGAUGGCAAUUGUGUUACAGAUAUGAUGUCGUAUUUUGAUAUGUACACUAAUGAACAUGGACUCAUUUUUACAUUGACUGUCAAUAAACAAGUCAUUUACAUUCUAGUGGUGACAAAAUAAAGCAUUUGAAAAUAGAGAUUUUCAAGU